AUGGACGUAACGGCAACUCACAUGUGGACGGACUCUCUUGUGACACUUUCAUGGAUCAGAUCUCAUGCAUCAUGCUGGAAGGAUUUUGUCAGAAACAGGGUGGCUCAAAUUCAAGAACUCACUCCAGCUGCUCACUGGAGAUACAUACCUGGAACUUCCAACCCGGCUGAUUGCGCAUCACGAGGCCUCACGACUGCUCAACUUCAAAACCACUCACUUUGGUGGACGGGACCACCAUGGAUACUCCAACCAGACUCAUGGCCGGCGCAACCAGCACUCUCCGAAGAGUUGAGUGCAACAGAAGCUCGCCCAGGCGUUUCGCUAUUGACGGUUACGCCAAGGACUGAUUAUCAAUGGGAACUCAUCUACAGGUACUCAAGCCUCACUAAACUAUUGAGGAUUACAGCUCUCUGUUUCAGAUUCGUCUCACGGUUGAGGAAGGCCCACUACUCAUUGCCUGUUAGACACAUCUCUCCAGAGAUCUUGGAGAGAGCGAGGCUCUUCUGGAUUCAGGCAACUCAAGCAACGUACUUCUCUCACGAGCUCAAGGCGCUACAAGCAGACUCACCGUUGGCAAGGGCACACGCAUUCAACCGAUUAAGCGUACAUCGACGCUCAAGGAGUCAUUCGCGUCGUCGGACGACUCGCUCAUGCAGCUCUUUCACUCGAUGCGACACAUCCUGUGAUAUUGCCUCGUCACUCUCAGCUGUCGUCAUUGAUCAUCGCUCACGCUCAUCAACGGACUCUACAUGGAGGCACGCAGCUUACGCUGUCGCACGUCCGACAACAGUACUGGAUUCUCGGCCGAAGGGCUCCUGUCAAGUCUCACAGUCUGCGGUGUGUCACGUGUGCUCGGCAGAGGGGGUCCGUGCUCAUCAAUUGAUGGGCCAACUACCCUUCUCUCGGGUUACGCAGGCACGACCGUUCACUCAUACAGGUGUGGACUACGCAGGGCCACUCACCGUCAAAACAUGGAAAGGAAGACGUGCCAAGACCUGUAAAGGUUGGAUCUGCGUUUUUGUCUGCUUCUCAACCUCAGCAGUACACCUAGAGGCGGUUAGUGACUACUCAACGGAGGGAUUCAUUGCCGCCUAUCGACGUUUCUCAUCCAGACGCGGCAUUGCUCACACUUUGCACUCGGAUUGCGGCACCAAUUUCAUCGGCGCGGAUACAGCUCUCAAGAGGCUAUUUAUCCAGAGCACUCAAGAACAUCAGCGAAUUUCGCACCUGCUCUCGCAAGACAACACCCGAUGGGAAUUCAAUCCCCCAGCGACACCUCACAUGGGAGGAAAAUGGAAGGCCGUCGUAAAAUCAAUCAAAUAUCAUCUACGUAGGGCGCACCAUUGGAGAAACCGUGCUCACAUUUGA